CAGUUGAUUGAAACCCRACCAUUCGGGAAUCACUACACUGGGUAAGGAUGCCAAGACAAUGCCACAAGUCACCUUUUUCCUUAUUUUUGGUACUAGUAUUUUCAACAUUUGGAUAUAUCAUAUAUUCUAAAAAUGCUAUUCAUGGGGGAUAUACUCCAUGGACUAGCUGGUCUGUGUGUUCCAAAACUUGUGGAGAAGGAUUACGUGGCAGAUCUCGAACAUGCACUGCUCCAAGACCGGGAAUCAUUGGCAAAGAUUGUGAAGGACCUUCGUAUAUGACAGGCAAAUGUUAUUUUCUCGAACACUGCCCUAUUGAUGGAGGUUAUACAGAGUGGAGUAGUUAUGGAGCAUGUGAUAAGGCGUGCGGCGGGGGAGUAAAAGUAAGGACUCGAAAAUGUGCAAACCCGAGUCCACAAUACGGARGGAAAUCUUGUGAAGGAAGUUCUAUCGAAAAGAUGGAUUGUAAUGUUCAACCUUGUCCUGUCAAUGGCGGUUACUCAAGCUGGGGAGCAUUUAGUAAAUGUGAAAUAACUGGAAAUAAGAACUGUGGUAAAGGAAAACACGUACGAASAAGAACCUGUAAUAAUCCUGUUCCUCAACACGGAGGGAAAGCUUGUGAAGGAGCCGAUAGUGAAACAGCAGAAUGUGAAAUACCUUGCCCAACGACUCCACCACUAAGUACCACGUCUAAAUCACUAAAUACCACAUCUAAAUCAGCUCCUACUACAGUUAAAGCUUCCUAACUUUGUAAAUAUGUCACGCAUGUAAACUGAUUCUUAAAGGAAUAGAUAUGCUUGUAGGAGUUGAACCGACUUUGACAAAUUUUAGGAAAAAAAUCCAUUCUCUAAAUUUCCUAUAUUUAUCACAACCACAGUUAUAUUUGUCGGUUAAAAGUUUCCUCCACUAGAAACAUCUACAAACUAUCCUACCAUGGCUAGUCUACUACCAAAGCUAAAGCAUCGUUAUAAUUGUUUACGAGUGAAAACUCUAUCAAUACUAAAUCAGACUGAGGUAUUUCAAAACGUUUAAAAAAUAUAUUUUUCCUUUCACAAACUUACCCAAAUGUGUUCAAAAGAUCAUAUGGAAUAAAAGAUCAAUUUGUCUUCAAAAAAA